AUGAUGAUACUUGGCUCUUUAAUGUAUGCCUCUGUUUUUGGAAAUGUUUCUGCAAUUAUUCAAAGACUUUAUAGUGGAACGGCUAGAUAUCAUACUGAAAUGAGUCGCUUGCGCGAAUUCAUUCGUUUCCAUCAAAUUCCAAAUCCACUUAGGCAAAGACUAGAAGAAUAUUUUCAACAUGCCUGGUCUUAUACAAACGGGAUUGAUAUGAAUACAGUACUUAAAGGCUUUCCUGAUUGCCUACAAGCAGAUAUAUGCCUACAUUUAAAUAGAAAUUUGCUCAAUAAUUGCGCUGCUUUUUCUAAAUGCUCACCUGGAUGUUUGAGAGCUUUAAGUAUGCGGUUUAGAACAACACAUGCUCCACCAGGCGAUACUUUAGUUCAUCGUGGUGAUAUUCUUACCGGUUUAUAUUUUAUUGCACGGGGUUCUGUUGAGAUAGUAAAAGAUGAUUUGGUUGUAAGCAUUAUUGGUAAAGAUGAGGUUUUUGGGGAAAAUCCAAUGCUUAACGAGGAUGUUGGUAAAGCUAGUUGCUCAGUUCGUGCUUUAACUUAUUGUGAUUUACACAAAAUUCUUCGAGAUGAUCUUUUAGAUGUUUUGGAAAUGUAUCCAGAAUUUGCUGAACAUUUCUGCAAACAUUUAUUAAUUAAUUACAAUUUGAGAGACGAAACUUUGUCACGAAAAAAUCACCCUCCAAGAUUCUUUCAUCCUCCGUUAACUGGAAGACUUUCUUCCUCUUCGUCUAUACAAAAACAACAAAAUCAGAAUCAACAUAAUCAAUUACUGGUAAUGCCUAUGCAACGUGGGGUUAAUCAGAAUAACAGAGAAAAUCUGUGUGAAGAUUUUCGUGCAUAUUCCUCUCAAUUUCGCCCAUUAUUUGCGGAUGAAUUAAGGCCACAGGUGUCAGUCGAAGCGCCAACACCAACUUCAGCUACAAUACCACAAGAACAACAAAAUUCUACAUCAACCGGUUAUGGUUGUGUUCUUCGUUCACUUACCGGAAUGGGUUCAAGUUUAAAUGGACAACAACAACAAACAGAAGAAAAUAAUUACCCAAAAUCCCCUCCUCCUCUCCCAAUUUCUUCAACUUUUGGUCCAAAUAUAGACCACACAUUUCCAGCUGUUGAUGCUUCAGAAAAUGGAGGAGGAGAAGAAAGAAUAUUAAAUAAUAACAAUAAUUCCUCAUUUUUAUUAACUUCAUUUCACCCUCCCCCACCUCCUCCACCACCCCCACCUCUUCCCCCACUUCCUCCUUUAAAUUAUGGAGAACAACAACAACAGUUAUAUUUAUUUAGACAACAACAAAAAAAUGAGGAACGUUUCGAUCAACUUAAUAGGCGUUUGGAAAAUAUUGAAACGUAA